AUGGGGCGCGGCAAAGGGCGAGCGAAGGGCAUCGACGUGACGAAGCACUUUUUUCAGCCGACGGGCCCCUCGGACCGGAUUUUGGUGCAGAUAUCGCCCUCGCAGACGGCGUACGUGGCGGAGGAGGACCUGAGCCCGACGCAGGGCAGCGAGGCGGCGCUGGCGCUCAAGCGGGAGGGGCGGACGGAGGGCCCCAUGAAGUUGUGCGCCAACUGGCGACAGGGCGCCUGCCUUAGCCACGCCGCCUGCAGCAGCGCCCACGUGGUGGCGUACUUCAACCACCCCGCGACCCCCAUGGUGGGCGGCCACGGCGGUGCCACGGCCCUGGGCAGCCUGCUGCAACGGCAGCACGACGAUGGAGGCCACUCCGCCGCGCAGCAGCACAACUUCCACGCGGGGACGGCGGCAGCCGAGUCCACUCGUGCCAUGGAGCACAAGAGCCCAGCCACGACGACGCACAGCACACUUAUUCCAGCGCCGAGGAGUCAGCAGGUGAACCGGCAGGCCUCCUCUUUGGCGGCCACAUCCGCGCCCAUAAGCUCUCCACGUGCGGGCACGGCGUGGGGUCGCAAUGUGGUGGUGAACGGUAAUCAACAUGGAGGCUACCAGUCACAGCAGCAACAACAGCAGCAGCAUCAACACCCGCGUCAUCAUUAUCUGCAACAGCAGCAACAGCAGCAGCAGCAGCAGCACAGUGCGCCACAAGGUAGGGGAAGUCGGGGGACGGGUGGCUAUAGGGCUCAGGAGGACAUCAAUUGGGCAUCACCGAAUGGAGCAUUAAGUGAUAUACUUUUAGAUGCUGCCUCAACCAAGCAUUCAGGGAAGAGUGAGGGAGGGCAUCUUGAUCCUUCUGUCAUGCCAAGCAUCAGCAACCUCAACAACACCCCGAACAGGGCGGAUGGAACCAACUUCCUGCCCCCGGAUAAUCUUAAUGGCGCUGUCGGCGAUGAGACCUGGGUGGCCUCGAUGCUGGGCCAAAGCUCCGUGAACUCGGCCAUCUGGUACGACGGCUUCGCGGGUCUGUGGGACAUCGCACCUAGUGCGGAGACGACCACGACGGCUAGGACGGAAACAACCACACUGGCAGCCGGAGAGCCGCCGCUUCUUAUGACUCACGAGUUGAACACAAUGGCGACCACCACCACACCGGGGGAGCUGUGGGGUUCCUCCGGUGGCAGCAACGUGGAUUCUACAGUAUCGGCCAACAAACCCGUGGGGAUGUCGUUUCGCUCAGAGGCGCUUAAGAGUCAGUUGCUGCGGGAGCUAGUUGGGGCGGAAGGUGACAUCAGCGAGACCACCGCCGCGGAAACGCAAUUAAGGAACGUUACGAACCAAAACGUCAUUAGCCCCCCAGCCCCUCUCACGGAGGCGAAGAAUUCGUCGGGACUGCUGAACUUGCUAGGAGGCGACGGCCGCGAUGCCGGCGCUCUUGGCCGCGCAGGAAGUCCUGGCUGUCUCGCAUCCGCGCCAGGCCGCAGCCCCCACUCAAUUCAGCACCUCAUGUCCCUCCUCACCACGGAGUGA